AAAAAAAACAAGAGUUAGAGUAGCGUCUCCUCUUCGGUCUUCUCUCCCAAAGCCCACAAUCUGCUCUGCAGAGAGCUCGAAGAGUUCGCUUUCUCUGCUAUUCCUUUUGUUCCAGGGGUCUGGUCUGAGAUGGGAUCUGAAGGGACUCCUGCUAUUAGUGUCCACAUCACUGGAUUCAAGAAAUUCCAAGGUGUUGCUGAGAAUCCUACUGAGACAAUAGUUAGUAACUUGCCAGAGUUCAUGAAGAGAAAAGGAAUUCCUGCAGGAAUUACGCUAGGUAGCUGCACUGUUCUUGAGACCGCCGGAGUUGGUGCGCUGCCUAGACUCUACCAAACCAUGGAGUCAUUUACGGAUCCUUCUCGCCCUCCACGCAAUGAACAAGUCAUAUGGGUUCACUUUGGAGUUAAUAGUGGGGCAUUCAAAUUUGCCAUUGAGCGACAGGCAGUGAACGAGGCCACUUUCCGUUGUCCAGAUGAGCUUGGAUGGCAGCCUCAGCAACACCCAAUAAUUCAGGAGGAUGGGGGGAUUUUUAAAACAAGAGAGACUUCAUGCUCUGUUGAUGCAAUUGUGAAGUUCUUGAAGAAUAAGGGUUUUGAUGUGGCAAACUCUGAUGAUGCUGGCCGAUUUGUGUGCAAUUAUGUCUACUACCAUUCACUACGGUACGCAGAGGAGAAAGGUCACAAGUCUCUCUUUGUCCAUGUGCCUCUAUUUUCAAGGAUUAAUGAAGACACACAAAUGCAGUUUGCAGCAUCUCUCUUGGAGGCUCUUGCAUCUUUCACCUGAUGAUACUUGUUUCAAAUAAGGUUUUCUUAUUUGCAUUUUCUCUAUUUCCUCCGAUUGCCAUGUAAAUCUUCCACGUUUGUUUUUAAAAGAAAAUACCCUUUCGAACUUGAUUGGACUUGUGCUUCUCCUUUAGAAGUUGGAAGGAGAGUAGUGGUCUUGUUUGUUUGUGGGUUUUCAUGCAUGUAAAGGACUAUAUAUCAAACUGGUUUGUACGAGU